CGCCCCUGUAUCUUGCGCGAAGUGCUGAAGUUGUGUGGAUAAACACAGAAAUAGCUAGUUUUCCACUACAGGCUGUUACAUAAAGAGAAGCAAUCUGCCAAACUAAAUCGACUAUAGAGCAAACAGAGGAACAGAUUGUCCCCUGUUCCCACACACAGUGGCCAGCAAAGAUGGCGUCUUGUCAUAGUGCUCUCCUGUUACUAGUUGCAAUGAGCCUCUACAGUGUCAGUGCCCAACCUGCACUCACCGGCUUCUCUCUGAACAUGACUCCACCCGAGGAACUCAUACUAACAUUUAAUUCCGAUGUAGACCCUACAACUUGCGAUGCCUCUGCUAUGACAAUGCAUGGUACAGCAGUACCACAGCCCAACUCUUCCGUCACCUUUCAAGGUGGAAACUGCACUGCUACAAGUUUAAGCUCUGUUCAAGUGUCCCUACCAUCAGAAGACUGGAUGAAUGUCCAAGGAAACAUCAACUUGGCCAUUAGCAGUGCCAACACGUUUAUUUCCCUCACCUCAGGUUUUAUACAAUCACCAGGAGGUGUUUCCAACAUAGCAACUGUUGCCCUGCAAGCAUCCGUCUUUACAAAGAAUUUCGAUCUUCCGACGAUAAUGCAAGCGUUCCUGUCCUUGGACGGUUUCAUGGUAUUUAUAUUCAAUGAAGCAGUCAAUCCCCAGACAGUGACUGCAGCAGGUAUCACUAUCCUCUAUACUGAUCGCACUAAUGGAGCUCCAGGAUCUCUUACUCUGUCAGGAAUGGCUAAUGUAGAAUUAGCCCCAGGCAAUAUAGGUGCAAUCCUUCAGAUCAUGUUCACCACUGAAGAUCUAAACAAUCUCAAGUUCUACUCUACUGCCCCUUACAGCGUGAAUAUUGCAACAAAUACUUUCAGAGAUGGAAACACUGACGGUAAUAUACCCGUGGUUGGAUACCCAAUUUUUUCGGCAGAAGAUACUACUCCUCCAAAUUUGAACUCUUUUGAUAUUGAUUUGAACGUUGGUACUCUGGUGCUCACAUUUGAUGAGCCCAUAAAUAUCGAUAAUGCAAAUAUCUCCAUUGUCAGUCUCACAAACACUACCGACUUCUCUGGCAGGGAUUAUACUAUUAACAAUAGUAUGAUUGUCACGGCAACCGAUCUAAAUACGAUAAUUACUAUCCAACUAGAGAACGAUGUUGUGAAUGCUAUCCUGGCUGAUUUUGACGUGUGUAACUCUGUCUCCGACUGUUUCUUGUUUGCUCCUCCGCUUAGUUUUGCUGAUUUUGGUGGCCAGACCCUCAUCGAUGGCUCUGUGAUUGUCCCUGGUCAAUUCGUUGCUGAUAGGGUUAGUCCGCAAUUGACAAGUUACUCGAUCAACCUCAACAACGGUUCAAUGACUCUCCAAUUUACAGAACCACUUGAUGAACUUCAAUUUUCUCCUGCUGGAAUAAAAUUAACAGAUUCUAAUGGAGCGAACUCACAGAUGUUAGACAAUUCAGCCGUCACUUUAGUUCAAGACCGUAGCACAAUUUUCACUGUUACAUUUAAAAGUACUGUCUUAGACAAUCUGAAGAUAUUUCAAAGAGGUGGUGGUAUUUUAUUGACUAUGGACAACACUACUGCGCUUGACACGAGUGGGAAUGCGAUAGUUCCAAUUUUAAAUGGUAUCCCUCCUUCCGAGAUCGACGCAGAUACCACAGGACCAAUUUUAGUCGGCUUUGUAUUGAGUUCUCCAGAGCAAGGACAACUUACGCUGAGUUUUGACGAAGCUAUUGAUACUUCUAGUAUUGAUUUGACAACCAUUACUCUAACCUCUCUGAAUCUGAUAAAAGUGGUAGCACAAGGAAGAAGUGCUUUGAACUUGGUAGUUAACGAGAGUGCUCUUGCCGACAUAAGUGGUAAUCUUAUCAACCCUGUGCCGUUGUCAAGUGCAAUACAGCCCUCACAACUUAACGCAGAUCUCACACCCCCUCAAAUGACUCGGUUCAUGGCGCGCCCACCUUCUAGUCGCUCCAUACUCAUGUUUUUCGACGAGUAUGUAAUUCCGUCGAGUUUUGAUGGUUCUCGACUAAAGCUUUCCAUGAACACGCUCGAUUUUGUCAUUCCUUACAACAUCAGCUAUUUUACAACAGGCACUGUGAGCGGUGAGGUCUCCGAUAUGAUCACGUUUAUGUUCUCUGGUGCAGAAUCACUUCUGAAUUUGAGUCCCAGUAUACGGCAGCUUUCUUCAACGGCUAUAUCGGAUUGA